AUGAAACCUCUCUCAAGAUCCACCUCGAAUAACAACAACCCUUCUCAAAUCCAAAUCCAAAUUCUCAAUCUUUAUCUGAAAAAACCCUGAAUUCUUUCAUCAAUCUUCAUCACCAUGAGAGAAUUAGAUGAUUCAAAUUGGUUCUCUAAAUGGGAAGAAGACCUCCCAUCACCAGAUGAACUCAUGCCCUUAUCUCAAACCCUAAUCACUCCUGGUCUAGCCAUGGCUUUCGAUAUCCGAACCCCAAAUCAAAAUCACUACAACCCACAUCAUCAUCAACAUCAACCUCCACUACCUGUUCAAACCGCAUCUUCUCUACCCAAUUCAUCUGAACUAGAUUCAACCGAUCUAGGUUCAGUUGCAGUCGGCGAUGAACCAGCUAGAACCCUGAAACGCCCACGUCUAGUUUGGACUCCACAACUCCACAAAAGAUUUGUAGAUGCAGUAGCUCAUCUGGGUAUUAAAAACGCUGUCCCCAAAACCAUAAUGCAGAUGAUGAGCGUAGACGGGUUGACUCGUGAAAACGUAGCGAGUCAUCUUCAGAAAUACCGUCUUUACUUGAAGAGGAUACAGGGUCUUUCCGCCGGAGGGGCCGGUGCUUGUUUAGAUCCAGCCACUGAUCGUUUAUUUGCUAGCUCUCCUGUACCAGCUCAUUUCCUUCAUACUAAUCGCCAGAAUUCUGAAACUUUCAUGCCCUUUGUACCUGUGGCUGCGAUUCAGCAACACCACAACCACCCACAGCAGCAAAUGGUGGCUGCGGCAGCGACCGGACGUCCUACCACACUGCAGCCAAUGUAUAGGCAAAUGGGUCAAUUUGGGUCGAGUCAAAAUGGGCAAUUUGAGCAUCAUUUUCUUAAUAGAGGUGGUGGUGGUGGUGGAGGGGUACAAAUGCAGCAUUCUUCUUCUUAUGUAGAAGAGAUGAUGGAAUCAGGUAGAACUGCAAAUGGGAGGAAAGUACUUACUCUAUUUCCAUCUGGAAAUAUUAUUGAAUGAAAUUUAGCUCAUUUUUGUUUUGAUCUUCUUUAAAUUGACUAUUUUAACUUCUUUCUUUAAGGUUAAUUAGUUUCUAUACUUCUUUUGUGAGGAUUCAUGUGAUGAUGCUAUAUCUAGAUCUUGCAUAUGUAAUAAGAUCCUUGUUAUUUAAAUAUUUGAGAUUGAACAUAGG